AUGUCGCGCGAUGUUUCAACAGGCCCAGCAACAGGCCCACCAGCAGCAGACUCCACUGCUUCCUCAACACGCAGCAGUGCUUCACCAGAGGCUCUUGUAUGGACGACCGUACUUAGGUCCCAAGUCAGGUUCUCACUCAGUCCAAGUCUAGUGCAGUCCACUCAACAGGCCCAGCAACAGGCCGCUCAACAGGCCGCUCAACAGGCCGCUCAACAGGCCCAGCAGCAACAGGCCCAGCAACAGGCUGCUCAACAGGCCCAGCAGGCUCUACUACUCCCUCACCAGCACCCACCCGAGCCAUCGCCGAUUGUCCCAGAGACAUCCCCGAGUAUUCAAGAGACAUCCCCGAGUAUUCAAGAGACAUCCCCGAACUCGCCCGCAUUCAAGAUGACUCAAGCAAGCAAAGCGAAGAUGACUUUAGGUCUACUCAACCUACCUAAAGUGUACACCAGCAUCCGCAACAGCCUAAAGGCGGAAAUGCAAAAUGUAGGUUGGGUCAAUAAAAACACCUCCGGAUUGGUUGCGUUUAAUGCCCUAUGCCUUUACUUAAUGAACCUGCCCUCCCUCAACGGUUUUCUGCCAAUUUGGAAUGGGGGUGAAUCCGCUGCCCGUAGAGCACUAGCGAGUGCUUUACAGUGGCUCAUCGCGGAUGUUGGUAUGAAGGAUAAGUUAUCAAGGGGACAGGGAGACCGUCAGUUCAAAGUUGCUGCCGGUGAUAGUGAUGAUGAUGAUGACGGCGGUGGUCAGGCAGCCGGAAGACGCUCUGUUCCUCCCGUUCGGCCGGUGGAGUUACAAAUUACCGAUUCAGAGGAGCUCGAAGGUUGGUUGAAAAACAGCAAUGCCAGGCCUCGGAGGAUAUUGGCGGUCCUCCACAGAGCAGGCGCGGGUGCUAACCUGGGUGUUGAGGAAUCCCCCCCGUUGAACCCGGCUUUCCCUCACGUUGAGGAAGAUGAUUAUAGCAUGAUCGAUAUUCCUGCAGAGGAUUCGGAUUACGAGGAGGGAAAGCACCGGAUAAAUGCCAUAGGACUGAGGCAGGAUGCUAUCGACGAUUUAGACCCCAAAUACCUUAGGAAGUAUCCUUUGGGUGUCGGGGUUGCUGACCCAAACUUCUUACAGGGGACGAUCUGGACACCUGCCGGGAUAGCAGCCAAGAGAGCUGCUGAUGCACUCGUGGCCGCUGGUGCUGGAGGUGGUGGUAGUGGUGGUGGAGGUGGUGAUCGAGGUGGUGGAGGUGGUGGUGGUGGUCUAGGACCUCCACCGCCUCCGGGCAGACCCCCUCCUCCUCCGGGCGGCGGUGGUGGUGGAGGACCAGCUGGAGGCGCUGGUGAUGGUGGUGGUGGUGAUGGUGGUGAUGGUGAUAUCGCGAGUGCUCCUAGAGCACUGCGGAUAUUCCUGCCAGUCAUCAGAAUUGCUACCACCAGGCACUCCUCCGGUUCAGCACCUCUUGCCCCAAAGCGUCCACGACCCCCAAAACGACUUGAAGAACAUCAAGAUUUACUGACUGACGAGUCUGAAAUAUCUCACCGAACAUUGACUCCACUGCCAGCCGGCACUCAGAGUAGUCAAUCGACCACCGCCGCUCAAAUAACUCGGAAAGGUCUUCUCCGUUCCUCCGAAACCCUCACUGGGAGGAGCAGUCCUAGGAGGAUAGAAUUUCAUCUCCCCGAGGAUCAUACUGGUAAUUUUGAAGCGCAGGAGGUGCCUGAGGCAAUUGAGGCGCCAGAGGCAAUUGAGGCGCCAGAGGUGGAAGAAAUAGUUGAUACUAGCCACUCAGACUUUGAUGAUGCUCCGGAGAAUGACCACGAGAGCUCCGAGGAGGAUGAGGAUGAACCAGAGGAUGAACCUCAAGCCCUCCCCCCCCAUCUUACACCCAGAAGUCUCAGACUAUCGGAAAGAAACCUCAUACAGUUCAGCCGACUACUGACAGAGCACUGGGCAAUGCUCGGAUGA